AUGCAGCUUGUUGCUGUUGUUUGUGAGUACAGGCACUUUACAGAGGACCAGCUCAAACCCACAGCCCAACAGCCAUCUGCCACCACCAUGAGAGAGUUCAAGAGCAAAGAAUUCUGGAGGGCCGUUCUGGCCGAACUGGUCGGCAUGACCCUUUUCAUUUUCCUUAGCAUCGCCGCAGCCAUUGGGAACAAGAACAAUACAAGCCCAGACCAGGAGGUGAAGGUGUCUCUGGCCUUUGGAUUGGCCAUCGCCACACUGGCCCAGAGUUUAGGCCACAUCAGUGGAGCCCACCUGAAUCCUGCAGUUACCCUCGGGAUGCUUGCCAGCUGCCAGAUCAGCGUGUUCAAGGCCAUCAUGUACAUAGUGGCCCAGAUGUUGGGUUCAGCCCUGGCAAGUGGCAUUGUGUAUGGAGCACGUCCAAGUGAGACUGAUGCACUGGGGCUCAAUUCUCUCAACGGUGUUACUCCCAGUCAAGGCGUGGGCAUUGAGCUCCUGGCAACCUUCCAGCUGGUGCUGUGUGUCAUUGCAGUCACUGAUAAAAGGAGGCGUGAUGUCACCGGCUCAGCACCCCUGGCCAUUGGCCUCUCAGUCUGCCUGGGACACUUGGCAGCUAUCAGCUACACGGGCUGCGGCAUCAAUCCUGCUCGCUCCUUUGGUCCAGCUUUGAUCCUGAACAAUUUUGAAAACCACUGGGUGUACUGGGUGGGGCCAAUGUGCGGCGGUGUAGCGGCUGCUCUCAUCUAUGAUUUCCUGCUCUCCCCCAAAUUUGAUGAUUUCCCCGAGCGCGUGAAAGUGCUGGUCAGUGGUCCAGUGGGUGACUAUGAUGUUAACGGAGGCAAUGAUACUACAACUGUGGAGAUGACAUCAAAGUAGCACUGUGCAGUCACAACCACUUAGUGUCUUUGUACAUGUCUAUAUUCUUGUUAAAAAAAAAAAAAAAAAAAAAAAAACUCUUGAAUUUAGUGUAGAUGUCAGCGUUUUUGUGCUCUGAAAAAACCAAUGAGGAUUGUGGUCACGGGGUCAGUUAGUGUCUCAUUCUCAUUCACUCCUUUGUUUGACUCCACACACAAUUUUUAUCUAAACUGACGCUCAAACAUAUAAGUCAAUGUUGUGAAAAUCUUGACAGAGCAGUGUGUUGAAUUUGUUUCCCACAUCAGUAUUCUGUGUUGAGCCAUUUUUAUUUUGUAUACAUAUUUCAAUGUGCUUGUAUCACUUUUUAUUUCUGAUGGAUAAUGUAUUGUGUGUACACUCUUGAAAUGUCUCACUUUUUUAAGUAAAUAAAACACUUGUUGUUAACAG